GUAAAAGUUUUCAUGUCUGCACAGGUUCAACUUCGUUACUAUAUAUAGACGAUUACUAACUACUAUACUGUUUAUAAAAGUGGAAAACGUACGCAAACACCGUCAUAUAUCUGUCAACAUCACGGUUAAACAUGUGUGGACGGACUGCUUGUACACUUGAAGCCAGAGAUAUCUGCAAUGCCUGCAGCUUUAGAGACGGUCAUGGUAGAAGAACACGACCACAGUGGAGAGGUGGUGGUGGUCAAGGGCAGGGAGGUGGCACAGGAGGUGGCACGGGAGGUGGUAGUAGCAGGGGUGGUGAUGGCAGUAGUACCACUGGCAGCAAAAACAGUAAAGAUAGUGGCAGUGACAAAGGAAUUCACGAUGGAAGUAGUGGAGGAAAACAAUAUGUAGCAUCUUAUAACAUUGGACCUCAGACUUACACUCCUAUAUUAGUAUCCAAAGCUGCUGUAGAUGGAGAAAAAAGUUGUAUUGAUGAACGUGUAAUCACGCCAAUGAAAUGGGGACUGGUGCCUUCAUGGCAUAAAAGUGGUAGUGCUGGCAAAUUUGGCUAUAGUACCAUGAACUGCCGAGAUGAUAGCUUGACACAGAAAGCCAUUUUUAAAAGACCAUUUGAAAGAGGAAGAAGAUGCGUGGUUCUGGCUGAUGGCUUCUAUGAAUGGAAGAAAACCAAAGAUGGUAAAAAGCAGCCAUAUUUCAUUUACUUUCCCCAAGAAACUAAGAUGUGGGAAACAACGGAGGAGAAAUCGGAAAAGAAUUAUGAUUGUGAUGGAAACUGGAUCGGACAGAAAUUGUUGACAAUGGCGGGAAUCUUUGAUGUUGUCAGGCCAGAGAAAGAGGGAGAUGAACCACUGUACACGUACUCUGUCAUCACAGUGCAAGCAUCACCAGAGAUCUCAUGGUUACAUGACCGAAUGCCUGCCAUCUUGGAUGGUGAGGAUGCCGUACGAGAUUGGCUGGACGCUGGAAGUAUUGACAAGAAUCAAGCAUUGAGUUUGAUUAAAUCAACAGGAAAGAUAGAAUGGCAUCCUGUGUCAAUGGUUGUGAACAAUGUCAGAAAUAAGGAACCUGAAUGUGUUGUACCAGUGGAUUUAAAAAAACCCAAACCAGAAAGCAAAAUGAUGGCAGCAUGGUUGAGCAAAGGAACAAAAUCUGACCCACAAAAGUCAGAGUCUCCAUUAAAACAGAGCCCACAGAAACCAGUAAAAAAUGCACUGAAAUCUUGGAUUAAAACAGAACAAAGAACAAGUCCAAGGAAACAGAAACUUAAGCAAGAUGCAGAAGGGAGUCCAUCUUCAAAGAAAAUCAAGACAACAUAAUGUUCAAGAUGUUGAAAUUCGGCCAUGCACUUUUUAGUAUAAUUAUCAAGAUUGGAUAAGACUGACACUAUAAAACUAGUUAACAUUACUACUGUAGCACAAAGUUCCAUCAGAUUUUGUCCAUAUGAGUUUGACACAAGGGUUGGAAACACUGCAAAACUUCUUGAACCAAAUUGUACAUAUCAAUGUUUUUAUUGUGGAAAAAUUCAAGUUCAUUGCUGAUGUUCUAGCCUGGAAUCCAUUCAUUCUGAGUACUUACAAGAAUGGCCUGACAAUCGCUUUGUGACUACGUAGUCGGCACACAAUUGAUUGGCUGUCUCCAUAACUUCAGUACAUUACCAUGCAAACUGUCUUACCCAUCCACACUAUUAAUAGAUUUUUUAAAUUCUUACAAUUAUCGAAGGGUUCUAGUCAACUAAUGUGCACUGUGCAUAUUCAGCAGACUAAAUGACUGAGAAGGGCGCAACGUAAUUGGGGACUUCAUAGAUGUUGAAUGAGAUCACUUGCACAAAAAAUUGUUGAAUCAACAUUGUUUGGUUGUUUUCUAAUAUUAAAUUCUAAUUGUAGAACAGAUAUGUAAGAAAUUAUGCAGAUAAUGCAUAUAAAUUUGUUUCGCAUCAAUUUCUAUUAUACACAAGACCAUCAUCACUGCACACAUUUAUACGAGUAUGCAACUGGACAGGUGUGAUUUGCGAUAAAGAUUCCAUAUUGGAAGUCACAUGAAUUGUAGGAUAAUUGCAAAUAGAAAACAUGCAUUUUGAAAAAAAAAAAAAAAUGUAGAAUAAGUGACCAAGUCUGUGAAAGAGAGGGCGAUUGUUCAUUGUUUUUUCAAGCGUGUAUUAAAAGUUUGAAUCGGGUGAUAACAGUUUACCGGUAAAUAUCCAAACUCAUUUCUGUUUCAGCAAUUGAAUCUUUCCAAACGUUCAUUGCUUUCUGUGAUUCCAUUGGUCAGAAUAAGUUUUGACACGCCUAUGCAACUCGCAUGGAAUGAGAUCUUCAUUGCACAUAUCCAAGUUGCAAACCCUUAUCUUAUACAUCCUUGCACAUAUUUAUUAGUAUUCGCUUAAUAACCUUAUGGAGGACAAUCUUUUAAAUACAAAUACUAAUUCAAUUAGGUUAUUUUAUGGUCCAAUGACGCGGUAUGAACUGCUGUACACAUAAGCGGUUGUUAUGGAGAACUUAGAUGGUAUUGGUAGCCAUAUUUGAGUUUUUUGGUGACAAAACUCGGCGUAUGAAAUCUUAUUUCAGCUAGAAUGUACUGCACAGGUUAUUAUGAAGGCUGUAUAAUUUUACAUGUACUUUCCUUUAGUCCAUAUGUGAUAUUUUUUUUUUGUAUGUGCAAAUUGCAAGUGCUAGUGACGACACCUUGUGCAUUUUGCCACAGAAGUCAUAUUCAUGUUAACAAAGGUUCCCCCAAAGUCGCAUUCGUUAGUGAAUGAAUCUCGGCCAGUGGAAUUGGCCUUCCCAUUGAGUCUGUGGCACACUCACCCACUGUAGGGGUUAACCCUUUUGAUAUUCAGCCUAAGGUAGGAUUUGAACUUGGGUCUACCGAUCAUGAGUCUGAUGCGACAACCACUAUGCUACCAGUGACCGGUAUUUUUUGUAUACUUUACAUUGGAUUUAUAAUAAAUAUGAUAGUAUUUAAAUCUUAAGUUGUACAUUAGAUUUUUGUUGUUGAAAAAACAAUUUUUAUUUUUAUAGAAUUUUAAAUAUGUAAAGAAAAGUUUCACAGCAGUAUAUAUAAUGUUCUUAUUCUCCUUUAUUAAAAACAAUAAAAGUUUAACCACAUAA